AUGGGUUCCACCGACUACCAAUUUGAAGGCUGGAUGGGCCUAGACAAGACGGCUGCCAAUGGCAACAUGGUCUGGCAGCAGUUCGAGCCCAAGCCCUGGGAGGAAACCGACGUUGAUAUCCGGGUUACUCACUGUGGCAUCUGUGGUUCUGAUUUGCACACAUUGCGCAGUGGAUGGGGCCCUUCUACCUACCCUUGCUGUGUUGGCCACGAAAUCGUAGGCUAUGCUGUCCGAGUUGGCUCACAGGCUGAAGGCGACAUUAAGGUCGGAGAUCGUGUUGGUGUGGGUGCCCAGAGCGGCUCUUGUCAGAACCACGACGGCAACUGUGAAGCUUGCGCCACUGGCUUUGAGCAACACUGCAACCGCAUGGUCGGAACUUAUAACGGUGUUUAUCCCAACGGGGGCAAGUCAUUCGGUGGAUACUCGCUGUACAACCGAUCUCCAUCACACUUCGUUAUCAAAAUUCCCGACGCCAUCCCCUCCGCCGAUGCUGCACCCAUGCUGUGUGGUGGUAUUACUGUAUACUCACCCUUGCGCCAGAACAACUGUGGACCUGGCAAGAAGGUUGGAAUCAUUGGUGUUGGUGGCCUGGGUCAUUUCGGUAUUCUAUUCGCCAAGGCUCUGGGAGCAGACAAGGUGGUGGCUAUCUCCCGCAAAGGAAACAAGAGGGACGAUGCGCUGAAACUUGGAGCCGAUACUUAUAUCGCCACGGAUGAGGAUGAAGACUGGGCUAAAAAUAAUGCUCAAUCAUUGGACUUGAUCAUCUCUACCGUAUCAUCCUCCAAGAUGCCCAUUGUGCAAUACAGCCAAUUGCUCCGACCCCGGGGAUCUUUGAUUCAGCUGGGCGCCCCUGAGGAUGGCGGUCUCGAAAUCCCUGCUUUUGCUUUGAUUAUGAAGGGUAUCAAGCUCGGUGGAUCCAUUAUUGGUAGCCCAGGUGAGAUCCGAGAGAUGCUGGACCUGGCUGCCACUAUGAAGAUCAAGCCUUGGAUCGAAGAGCGACCUAUGAAGGAGGCUAACAAGGCGAUUCAAGACAUGGAAGCUGGAGAUGCUCGAUACCGAUAUGUGUUGGUGAACGAGUGGUAA